AUGGUGAAGCAUUUCGAGGCUUGGGUUUCCAGUUAUGAAACGACGAAUCGAAGAGCAACACGUAUUGUUUCUGCAAUUGAGGCGUCGUGCACACUCUACUUGAAAACUCGUAUUCUCAAACACCCGGAUUCACUCUUUUCGACGUGGAGAUUUGCACAACAACAGCUUAGGGAAGCAAAAGUGAACACGAGAAGGAGGAAGAAGAAGAGGAAGAGAAAUACUACAACCGCAGCCGCCGCAACGAGCAGCAAAGCUCAUCAUGGAACAACCUUCUAUGCGCCUUCGAAAAAAUGGCCUCCACAGCAGUUUGCAGCAGUGUUGCCUAAGGCAACUUUCAAAGGUUCAAACAAAGUUCAAUUAUUCACAGAUUUUGGAUUGCCUGUUAUGGCUACAAAGGGUAAAGUUAGGUGCAGUUUAGAGCAUAAGCCAUCUUCAAACGAGCUGAACAUGCACCCCAGCAUGGUCGCAUCGAUGAUGACGGCAGUAGCAGCGGUGAUGACCGUGGCUGCGACGGCUACGGCAAUGGUGAAUGAUAGAUUGUCCACGGAAGGAAUAGGACUUCCUUUUGGUUUAAGUAACAACCUGUUGGGAUGGAUCCUAUUUGGAGUGUUUGGUUUGGUUUGGGCAUUGUAUUUUAUCUAUGUUUCUAGUCUUGAAGAGGAUGACGAGUCUGGUUUGUCCCUUUGAUG